GCAAAUGCCGCCGGUAGUUGAUAACCACCAUAGAGUAUAAAAUAUAAAAGAGUCAACGCGUGGAAGGAAACAACCGGCUAAAGCCUCGUUCAUCCUGGAAGCAGAAUGAAUGCAUCACGCGACACCACGGCCCGGCCUCCGGGAACGAUUCUACUGCAGGAUCUUCGAAGCCAAAACUCGCAUGGCGAGAUCCUGCUAGAGCCACGACCCUCGAGCAACCCAAAUGAUCCAUUGAACUGGCCACGAUGGCGGAAGUAUCUCAAUUUCGGUUUAGUGACGCUGUACGUCGUGAUGGUGAAUGCACUAAUCAACGCGGCCACUCCCACCUGGGGACCUAUGCAAGAGCAGCUCGGAUUCAGCGACGCAACUUUGAAUAACAGCUAUGCCAUCGGGUGCGGUAUGCUGGCUGUUGGCGCCUUCGUCCUGAUGCCGUUUGCGCUGAAAUUUGGGCGUCGACCGGUCUACCUGGUUAGUACGCUGCUACAAUUUGGCAUUUCCAUCUGGUCGGCAAAAUUGCAGACGGCCGUCGAUCUCCUUCUGAUCAACGCCUUCAGUUGCUUCCUGGGCGCCUUGUUCGAGGUGAUCGUGCAGCUCACGGUCGCCGAUGUCUUCUUCGUGCAUGAAAGAGGAACUAUGAACGGCCUCUUCGUGUGGACGACAUACAUCGGGGCCAAACUCACGCCGGUAGUGGCUGGAAGCAUCACCGUCGGGCAGGGAUGGCGCUGGGUCUGGUGGUGGACGGCUAUUUUCUUUGCCAUCACCUUCUUUGCCAUGGUCUUUCUCUACGAGGAGACCAAAUUUUGCCAUGUUGCCAUCGAUGGAGUCUCCCCGGUCUCCGGUGAUCCUUCACCGGGGGCCACUUUGGCGAACAAGAACGAAAAGGAGAAAGAUCAGACCAACGCCAAAGAAGAGGCAUCGGAGCUUGAUCUUCCCACCCCGUCACCACGACCUUCCAUUGACCCCAAUAUCCCCCUACGGACCUACUGGCAGCGACUGCGGCCGUGGAUAUCGUCACCAGGCUCGAUGCGGCCCUUUGCCCGGCACAGCUACCAGCCGUUUCUGAUUCUCUUCAGUAUCCCUGCGGUGUUCUUCACGUCACUGGUAUAUGGCGGCAUGAUGGCUGCAUCGGACGUCAUCGGCACUACCCUCUCGACCAAAAUGACCCGCGACCCGUAUAAUUUCAAUGCCCAGCAAAUCGGCAUGAUGAACCUGGCGCCAUGGAUUGGCAGUACCAUCGGUUCCCUAGUCUCCGGGCCGCUGAGCGACUGGCUGAUUCUGUUCCUGGCCAGACGGAAUAAGGGGGUUUACGAGCCGGAGAUGCGACUGUGGAUCAUCCUUGCCUUUCUUCCUUGCAUCCCUACUGGCAUCUUUCUGUUCGGCAUUGGAUUGGAGCAUGGACUGCCGUGGCCGUUAUUGGCCGUUGGGUAUGGUCUGUGUCUAGCGGGAAUUGCUCCGACAGCGAGCAUAACUCUGACGUAUAUCACGGAUGCCUAUACUGAGAUCGUGGGCGACUCUCUGGUUGGCGUGACGUUCACACGCAAUCUCGUCUCGACCAUCUUCAUCUUCGCCCUGGACCCGUGGAUCGAGGACGUUGGCGCCCAGAAUGUGUUCGUGACCAUCGGAGUCUUGCUGACCGCCAUCAUUCUGGGGACCGCCAUCUUCCUGGUUUACGGCAAGAAGCUCCGAGUUUUAACAGUCAAGACUUAUCGCUACUAUGCGGGAAGACAAUUUGAUGCGCGAAAAGCAUAGUUCUGAGUAUUUGGACCAUGUGUCGGGCGAUGGAUUGUCGAGAUGCGCGGAUGUAUAUUUCCCUCACGCGUUCUUGACAAUGGAUUGAAGGCCCAGUGUCCCCAGCUUGCC